AUGGCUGAAGGAGAGAAUGAAGUGAGAUGGGAGGGACUGUGCAGUAGAGACUCGACUACUAGAGAGACAGCACUGGAAAACAUUAGGCAGAUCGUUUUGAGAAAAACCGAAUACCUUCGUUCAGCGAAAGAGACCCUUUAUCGACCUUCAGAUGGGCUUUCAAAUGCGGUUUCUUUGGAUGGGAUGAAUAAACUUCUUGCUCAUCUGCUUAUGCUCUCUAAGAGAUGUCCCUUUCAAGAUGUGAGAGAGAGAAGCGGGUUCAUUCUGAAGAGCGUCGAGGAACUUGGAAUUAGAAUCCCUCGGCCACUAGGACACGGACCAAGCAGGUUCAUCCCAGAGAAGGAGAUGCUGCAGGUGGGGAGUGAAGACCCACAGAUGCAUGCUUUAUUUGCCGACUCCUUUGCUGCUUUGGGUCGUCUGGACAACAUUACGUUAGUGAUGGUUUUCCAUCCACAAUAUUUAGAAAGUUUCUUAAAGACUCAACACUACCUACUGCAAAUGGAUGGGCCAUUACCCCUCCAUUAUCGGCACUACAUUGGAAUCAUGGCAGCAGCAAGGCAUCAGUGUUCCUACCUGGUGAAUCUGCACGUCAGUGACUUCCUUCAUGUUGGCGGGGACCCCAAGUGGCUCAAUGGUUUAGAGAAUGCUCCUCAGAAACUACAGAAUUUAGGAGAACUUAACAAAGUGUUAGCCCAUAGGCCUUGGCUUAUUACCAAAGAGCACAUCGAGGGGCUUCUGAAAGCUGAGGAACACAGCUGGUCUCUUGCGGAGCUGGUCCACGCAGUGGUUCUGCUCACACACUAUCACUCUCUUGCGUCCUUCACAUUUGGCUGUGGAAUUAGUCCAGAGAUUCAUUGCGAUGGUGGCCACACCUUCAGACCUCCUUCUGUUAGUAACUACUGCAUCUGUGACAUUACAAAUGGCAAUCACAGUGUGGACGAGAUGCAAGUCAACUCAGCAGGAAGUGCUUCGGUGAGUGAGUCCUUCUUCGAGGUGGAAGCUCUCAUGGAAAAGAUGAGGCAGUUACAGGAAUGUCGAGAGGAGGAGGAGGCCAGCCAAGAGGAGAUGGCGUCGCGGUUUGAGAUGGAAAAGAGAGAGAGCAUGUUUGUCUUCUCUCCCGAUGAUGAUGAAGUUACACCAGCAAGAGAUGUGUCCCGGCACUUUGAGGACACUAGUUACGGCUACAAGGACUUCUCCAGACAUGGGAUGCAUGUCCCAACAUUUCGUGUCCAGGACUACUGCUGGGAAGACCAUGGCUACUCUCUGGUGAACCGUCUCUACCCAGAUGUGGGACAGCUAAUUGAUGAGAAGUUUCACAUUGCUUACAACCUUACUUACAACACCAUGGCCAUGCACAAAGAUGUCGAUACCUCAAUGCUCAGACGGGCUAUCUGGAACUAUAUCCACUGCAUGUUUGGAAUACGAUAUGACGACUACGACUACGGUGAGAUUAACCAGCUGUUGGAUCGUAGCUUUAAAGUUUAUAUCAAGACUGUUGUGUGCACUCCUGAAAAGGUUACCAAAAGAAUGUACGAUAGCUUCUGGAGGCAGUUCGAGCACUCUGAGAAGGUUCAUGUUAAUCUGCUUCUUAUAGAAGCUAGGAUGCAAGCAGAACUCCUAUAUGCUCUGAGAGCCAUUACCCGGUAUAUGACCUGAUGCCGCUCCUCCAUUAAAGAUGAUCCUGGAAUGAACAGCAAACUUAGUCUACAGGGGAUGGAACCAAGCCCCAGGACCAACGGUAGAUAAAAAGAAUUGAGAAACCCAUGUGCCAUGAUUCCUUUAGUGUCUGCUAUUUCACUGUGGGAUCGAUGUCUCUCCCUGCCUGUCUAGCAGUGAGCACUUGGCAGCUUCAGUGUCAGAGCUGUGAAGGCUGGCCACAGUGCUUGCUCUCUGUCAGGAUGAGAUGCUGUGAACUUGUUUCAGUACAGCAACUAGUUGCUCCAGAUCCCACUGCUCUGAUGUGACAAGGUGACAAGAUAAGAGUGUGUAAAGACUGGGGACAUGGGUACUAAGUUCAUCCGUACGGAAUCGAGCGGAGCUCGGUGCUGCUGUGGCGGGAUGACGUGGCUACCGCCUGAGCCCACGCCACACUUUGUGUGGUUUUGAAUUGAACUCGUGCGCAUUAUUUUCUUGCAUCUAAAAAAGCAUAGAAAUAUUACUCACAGCUCAGCCAACACCGUGUUGGCGGUAACAGUUUUCUUUCAUUAUAGUUUUUAAAAUUCAGUUAUUGGAUGAUAUUACCGUGGCAUUCUUAAAGGAUUUCCUCCAAAGAGCAAUCUUCAAAUGAUAGUGUGUUAAUUGUCAGAAAAACAGGCUAUCUUUUCAUAUGCUGUUUCCCAAUAUUCUCUUGAGCCUGGAGGGCAGCUGUCGUGUGCGGGAUUUUUGUUUCUGGCACCAACACUGUGGAAAAUGUUGCUGGAGUCUGCUGCGCAGUGAGUGUCGGGACAUCCUGCCCCGUGCUCCUGCCGACCUCGGGAACAGUGAGUGUCGGGGACGUCCUACCCCGUGCUCCUGUCAACCUCGGGACCCUGACUUGGAAGAUUACACAGCUCCCUAAAGAAUAAAGCUGGAAAAUAUUUUAGUAAAGUUAUCAUAUUUGUAUCUUGAUUUACAAAAAAAUGCUAACUUUGAGAUACAAACAGGUUUGAAAAAAAAUGUAUUAAGUACUUUGUAUUCUGGAACCGUAAACUGCUUUUGAAGUCUGUCAGUAUUAUUGGUAUUUUUCAAUAAAGAAUAAUUUCCACA